AUGACUUCAUACACGUGGAUUUUACUCCUUCUGUCAAGUCUUGUGGGAACAAGAGAGCAAGGACGCGGACGUGAAGGAGAGCACGCACGUCACGUCAAGAUCGUACAUCUCCAGUGCGAGCAGCCGCCAUUUUCUCAGCGUGAUAGAAGCGAGAAGCGAGUGAAAGACUAUGCUUCUGGGAAGCCAAAAGAAAAACCAGCCCCACCGAAAAUCUCAGAUGAUUCAGGAUUUGAUCUUUCAGAUGUCUUUGAUUUGGACCUGAAAAAACCUGUAGUGGUUCCCCCCAAAUCAGAAGAUGGUCUCUUCGAUCUGUCUGAUGCAUUUGGUCCAGAUACUGAGCACAAAAAACAUGUGGUCCCACCCAAGGAGAGUGGAAGUGAGGGUAGGGGAGCACAGGGUGGUGAGGAAACUCCCAGCCCGGAGUCUGCAGCGGCUGUGGUGUGUCUAAAGGAGCCCAGCACGAGUGCGUCCCGAACGCAUUGCAUGGGUGGAAGUGGCCGUGUGCUGACUGAUGGUGUUCCUGAGACACAGAGGGACACAACUGAUGCAUUAAAAGUCAUAGCAGAUGAGCUUAAGAAAAUAAGUGUUGUGUUGUGUGACAUUGCAUCUACAUUAAAAGUUAAAAAAUGAA